AUGAUGAAUUCUUUCAAUCGUUCUUCUUAUUCAUAUUCAUCAUUGGUUAUAUCAUCAAGUCUAAAGAAAAGUCGUUGUAAUUAUCAUUCAUUGAGUUCAAUAAUAUCUUACAAUCUGAAUCUCAAUUCUCGUUGUAUAACAAAACUAAAAUUACAACCACGAAAUCUUCACUUCGCACAUAAUUCCAAUACCGCGAAAAUAUUCUCCAGCAUCCAGACAACACGUCAUUUGUCAACAACGACAAAAAAGCUAAAAAUAAAAACAACACUAGCUAUAUUCACACGAUCAAUGUCCACAUCCACCCCCUUAGCUGAAGAGAAGAAUACUUCUUCUACUUCUUCAUCUCAUUCACAUAGUCAUUCAGAUGCUGAAGGUCAUCACACCCAUUCCCAUUCAGGGUCCGGUAUGCUUCAUCAUCAUAAACAUUCAAUGCAUGAACCAAAUGAACUUUUGGCAGCUGAUGCAUCUGCAAUCAAAUCAAACCCAGCUGUCAGAAUUACCUGGAUCGGGUUAUUGGUCAAUAUUGCUUUGGCUAUAUCUAAAGGUAUCGGUGGUGUUUAUUUCCAUUCUCAAGCCCUUGUUGCCGAUGCAAUUCAUUCAGUGAGUGAUAUGCUUGCGGAUUUUUUAACUUUAGCAACCGUUAAUGUUGCCUCUAAAAUAGGAACACCAACUAAAUUCCCAUUAGGUUAUGGUAAACUUGAAACUAUUGGGGCGUUUCUGGUUAGUGCAAUCUUGUUAUUUGCUGGUGUUUCUGUUGGUUGGUCUUCCUUGUUGCAAAUUUUCGAAUUUGUUUUACCAGCCCAUCUUUAUGAAAUUGCAUCACAUAUUCACAUUGGCCAUGAUCAUUCUCAUACUGACUUAGGUAAUGUUGGCGGAGGGCAUUCUCAUUCCCAUGUCGAUGGCGUUGGUGCUGAUUUAACUGCCCAUCGUGAAAUUCCAAAUAUUAAUGCUGCCUGGUUGGCUGGUGGAUCCAUCAUUGCUAAAGAAUUGUUGUAUAGAAAAACUAUGAAGAUUGCUGUCCAAACCAAUUCAAAAGUUUUGGUUGCUAAUGCUUGGCAUCAUCGUGUUGAUUCUUUAACUGCUGUUGUUGCUUUAUUGACUGUUACUGGCGGUGUAUUAUUCAACGUUGCAUGGUUAGAUUCAAUAGGUGGUAUUGCUGUAUCAUUUUUAAUUAUUAAAGCUGGAUGGGAUUCUAUGAAAGAAGCAUGGUUUGAAUUAAUUGAUCGUGGUGAAAAACCAGGCUCAGAAUUGUACAAUAAAGUUGAAGGAAUUAUUAAAAAUGAAUUGGAAAUUAAUAAAGAUUUGGAACAAUUUAGAUUAAAUCAAUUGUCUGUUUUAUCUUCUGGUGCCAAUACUAAUAUUUAUUGUAAACUCACCACAAUCAAUAAAGAUAUUAAUUUGAUUGCCUUGAAUCAAUAUGAAAAGAAAUUAUCUGAUUUAAUUAGAGAAGACGAUAGAUUUGUUAGAAAUAUUUACAUUAAAUUCGAAAAUGUUGCUGAACAUCCGGAAGAAGAACACAACACUGAAGAAGAAAAAGAUCACAAACAUGAACACGAACAUGUACAUACUCAUAAACAUUAA